UUCACAUUGAUUGUCUAUUCGGUGUUUACACUAUGCCGGUGUCUACAAAUCAUUUUCCAAAAAUUCCCAAAACUAAAUAGUUGCCUUGCACACAGAGUUCCAAGAUUAGGUUCUCCUUUAUCAUGUUCCUAUAAAUAGAUAGAUGGAACACUAAUUGUCAAUCAAUUAUUCUUGUGUUCAGUGCACUUUUCAACAAAGAAACAAAAAUGGAAACUACUUCUACAUUGCCAUGUACUCCUCAACCUGUAAGGUCAAUUAGCUUGCCCACUAGAGUGCACCCUUCUUCUCAAAGAGUUGAAGCACUCUUGAACCAUCUUAAAACUCAUCAUUCCAAGCCUGUUUCAAGCACCAUUUGCUUGGAAGCAGACACAAUUCAAAGUGAUUUGGUUGUGCUUGCAGAGCUAUACAACUGCAUGGAGGAACUCUUCCAAUCUCCACAGACUCAACAAGCUCUAUUGCACUACCAAAAUGGGAAACUAGUGGAAGAGGCAUUAAGUGGUUCUGUCACACUCCUAGAUGCAUGUAGUGCAGCAAGGGAUAUAUCUUUAGCUCUCAAGGAACAUGUGCAAACUCUUCAAUCAGCAAUACGUAGAAGAGGGUAUUCAAGCAUUGAAAGCAGCAUUUCUCAAUAUGACAGCUUCAGAAGAAAGGCCAAGAAAGAAAUUGCAAAGAACCUUGGAGCAAUGAAGAGAAUGGAGAACAAAGUUAGUUAUUUUUCUCUAACGGGUCAAGAACAGAACAUAACAUUCUUAGCCAGAGUUCUAAGAGAAGCAAGCACCAUCACCAUAUCAAUUUUUCGUUCUCUUUUGCUAUUCCUGUCCAUGCCAGGGCUCAGAACAAAAGGAUCCUCCUUGAUCUCAAAGCUAAAGCCAUUGAAAUUGUUUUCUUCAGAGAGCCAACAAAAGAACACUAAUGUUGUGGAACUCAAUGCUUUGUGCUCUCUUCUUGCAAGACGAAAACAAGGUGAUGCUAUUGCUGAAGUUCAAGGUGCAUUAAGAGUAUUGGAGACAUUGAAUGUUAGCAUUGAUGGUCUCGAGGGUGGAUUAGAUUGCAUUUUCAGACGUUUAGUUCAAAAUAGAGUGUCAUUUCUUAAUAUGCUUGCUCAAUAGCACAAAAAAUAUGAGUGAAAGCCAAACCCUUGUACAUGCUUAUGAGAGAUUGAGAGUGAUCAUGUGUAGUCCGCAUAUUAAAGGAUUUGCUCUCCUCAAAUCAUUACUUGUUUGAAAGAGAGCAUCCGCAUGAUUCAGAAUGAUAUUAUCAAUUCACAUUUUUU